CUCUACGCAACGUGAGCAACUUGCACUCCAAGUCAACCGAAUGGUCUAAGACAUACGGCGACGUCCUCACCUUGUGGAUGGCCCACAGGCCUGUGGUGAUGCUGAACAGCUACUCAGUUAUCCGGGAAGCAUUUCUGGAACGACGACAUGAUUUCGCUGGCCGCUUCCCAACUAGAACGGCCGCAUUGCAAAACCAAGGCAGCCACGACAUCUUGUUUGAGGAUUACAACCCCCAGUGGAAGGCGCUUCGGAAGGUCGCUUGGUCAGCUGUGAGGCGAUACGCUGUCAGCGAGUCGUUGGGAACGCUUUGCACCGAGACCGUCGACGCCUUUGUGGACUCCCUAAAAGAUAGAACGCAGAUCGUGGACUCAAGGAAGCCUAUCCUUUCUAUGCUCUGCAAGGUCAUAGGCGUGUCUAUAUACGGCAAAAGUUUGUCAUUUUCGUUGCGCAGGCUGCGGGAGGAAAUAGGUGACGUCGAACAACUGGAAAACCUCAACCGCCAGUUCUACGAAAUUUCCCCCAACGGACUACCCAGUGACAUCGCGCCCUUUCUGGCCUUUCUCUAUAUUAAGAGGGAGAGAAAGAUGGCGGCCCUGUUCUGCGAGUUAAAGGAGAUCUUUCGCAGGCUAUUCACGAAAGCUGAGGCAGCCUACAUUCCAGGUAACACAGAGAACUUCACGCACGCCAUGUUGACCGCCCGAGAAGAAGCCAUCAAGGAAGACAAAGCUGAUGCGCAGUACUUGACCAAAGACAACAUGAUUCUCGUUACAAUGAACCUCUUCAACGCUGGAGCUGACACAUCAACUGGUACACUUCAGUGGCUCCUGCUGCGCAUGGCGAAAGAACCGAGCAUCCAAGCUAGAAUUCAAAAGGAGAUAGAAGACAAUAUCGGGAGCGUGCCGCCUGUGCACGGUGACCGCGAGAAGCUUCCCUUCACCGUGGCCUGCCUCUUAGAGACGCUGCGGAUGCAUCCCGCGGCACCUGUCGGCAUGCCGCAUAACACAACUACGGACACCCGAGUCGGAAAGUGGGCCAUACCCAAGGACACGGCCCUCAUGUACAACAUCUACGGGGUACAUCACGACCCCACGAACUGGGAAAAGCCCGAAGAGUUCCGGCCCGAGCGCUUCCUUAAUCCCGUGACGGGGAAAGUGCGCACGGACGCCGGUCCACUGAUCGCCUUCGGCAUGGGCGCCCGCAUCUGCCCAGGGGAGAAGCUCGCUCACAUGGACAUGUUCUACAUUCUCGUUCGACUCAUGCAAAGGCUCAGUUGCAGCAUCCCUGACGGGAUCUCGGAUGUAGACUUGAACGGAAACGGCUCGAGCUUGUUUUCACACCCUGCUCAGCAAAACAUCGUAUUUACGAGAAGGGACUAAAUGCAUCCGGACUAUACAUGGAAACCGUCACAUACUGGAACCACCUUGGGAGCUCUAAAUGUGACCUUUCCCUAGCAGUGGUUGCUCCGAGAAUCAAACUGUGGUCAUUAAAGAAGAACCCAUUCAUUUAAAAAA